AUGUCGAACGUCGGCGACAUCAUCUCCGAGGAUGCGGACACGCGGACGCUGGCGCCCGAAGCUGUUGCAUCCCAAGUGCUUCUUAUGGCGGUCAUCUCUGCCGGAACCAUCAUUGCGUUUAAUAUUUUACGACCAAAGAACAAGAUUGUCUACGAACCCAAAGUCAAGUAUCACGUCGGAGACAAAAAGCCACCUCGGAUAUCCAGCUCCAUUUUAGGCUGGAUAUCUCCUCUCGCCAGGACCAAGGAGGCUGAACUCGUAGACAAGAUCGGUCUCGACGCGUCGGCCUUUCUUCGCUUUCUCCGCAUGAUGCGGUGGAUCUACACAGGCGUCGCCGCGGUGACCUGCGCGGUGCUCAUCCCCGUCAACGUGACCUACAAUUUGAAGAAUAUCGACUCGAAAGACAGGACCUUGCUCUCGUUACUCACCAUCCGUGAUGUCAGUGGAAAUAUCUUGUUCGUCCACGUGGGUGCCGUAUACAUGGUUACGAUGGUCGUCCUCAUCGGCAUCUGGUACAACUGGCGCGCGAUGGUGCGGCUCCGGCGCCAAUGGUUCCGCUCGCCAGAGUAUACCCAGUCGUUCUACGCCCGCACCCUCGCCGUCACCAAAGUCCCGAAGAAGUACCAGUCCGACGAGGGCAUUCGCGCGGUCUUCGAGACUGUGCAAGUGCCCUAUCCGACCACCUCGGUGCACAUCGGUCGCCGUGUGGGAAAGCUCCCGGAGUUGAUCGAGUAUCACAACGAGACCGUGCGCGAGCUGGAGAAGGUCCUGGUUCGGUACCUCAAGGGCGGCAAGAUCGCCAAGGAGCGCCCUACCAUUCGCAUCGGUGGCUUCAUGGGCAUCGGUGGCACCAAAAAGGACGCGAUCGAUUUUUACACGGCGAAGCUCAAGCGGAUGGAGCAGUCUGUGGAAGACUACCGGAAUCAGAUAGACACCCGCAAGCCUGAGAGCUAUGGGUUUGCUUCCAUGGCUGCCGUCCCUUACGCGCACGUCGUGGCACAGCUGCUCCAACGGAAGCACCCCAAGGGGACCACCAUCAUGCUUGCUCCGAACCCCAAAGACAUCAUUUGGGAGAAUUUGAACAAGUCCGAUGGAGAGAUCCUGCGCAAGAAGACCAUGGGCUGGAUUUGGCUCGUCGUCGUCUGCUUCUUCAAUACCGUCCCUCUUUUCGUCAUCUCCAUCCUGGCCAACUUGUCGUCGCUCACCAGUUUCGUGCCGUUCCUCCAAAAUUGGUCCGACUCAUCGCCGAGGUCGUUCAAUAUCGUCUCUGGUGUCCUGCCUCCGGCUGUGUCAGCAAUUUUCGGAUUCUUCUUGCCCAUCACAAUGCGGUGGCUGUCUCAGUACCAGGGCGCGACGACACAUUCGCGCUUGGACCGCGCAGUACUCGCAAGAUAUUUCGCGUUCUUGGUCAUCUCACAGCUGAUCAUCUUCACGUUGAUCGGUGUCAUCUUCAAUUCCGUCAAGGAAGUUAUUGAUCAGAUUGGGCAGCACAAGAGCUUCCAAGAGAUCGUGGAUAACCUGAAUAAGCUUCCGGCAACCAUCAACAGGACGUAUAUUGAUCAGUCUUCAUACUGGCUCACAUUCUUCCCCCUGAGAGGUUUCCUCGCCGUUUUUGAUCUCGCUCAGAUCAUUAACCUUGUCUUGAUCUUCUUUAAGACACACUUGUUCGGCCGGACUCCCAGGGACAUCAGAGAAUGGACCCAGCCGCCUGAAUUCCAGUACUCUAUUUAUUACUCUAAUAUUCUGUUCAUGGGCACAGUGGGACUGGUGUUCGCGCCCCUUGCGCCUUUGGUCGCUGUAGCUGCGGCGAUCGUCUUCUGGAUCAGUUCUUGGGUUUACAAAUAUCAGUUGAUGUUUGUGUUCGUCUCGAAGGUGGAGACUGGUGGGCGUCUGUGGAACCCCGUCAUCAAUAGGUUACUGGUGUCGCUUCUCCUCAUGCAGGCGCUGAUGGUUCUCACGAUCGGUCUGCAAUAUGGCUGGACGUCGUUUGCGUGGGUCGCGACUGUACCGCCAAUCAUCAUUGUCAUGCUUUUCAAGGUAUACACCAACCGCGUGUUCGAUCGGCCGUUCCGGUACUACGUGCCGACAGAGGAUGAGUUGCGUCAGGCGAAGGUGCACUCGCAACGAGCGGACAUGAGCGGCAACCGCUUGGAGAAACGGUUCGGGCACCCCGCUCUGCACGCAGAGCUGUUCACGCCAAUGCUGCAUGCCAAGAUGAUGCCGCUGCUGUCGGAGGUGUACAAGGGCAAGAUUAGCCACGGACAAGCAAAGGUGGAGGAAUAUGGGGGACAGUCACUUCAGGCGCAGGUUAUUCCUGGGGGCAUCAGAAUUGCUGCUGUCGAUCAAAACAACCUCGAGUACGAUCCUGCGCUCUACCAGCGCGAUCGCGGAGAGCUGGAUUGGGACGCUCGCUCCAUGUCGACGACGAUGAUGAUGUCGGACAAUGCGUCGAUCUAUCCUUCGAAGGUUCCUAUGUACGAGGGUGGACGGGCAUCCCCUGUGCCUACCCUUGUCCCAGGCUACGACCGCUACCUCUCGCGCGGGCCGCAGCAGAGCGAGAUCGAGCUCUCGCGUCUCGACCUGAACUACAACGAUCAGCAACCGCUCCUCCCGCCAGGGCAGAGCACGGUGUCUCUGCCUGGUUACGCCUCGCCGCCGCAGGCAAUGUAUCAGUCGCCCGCGCAACAGUAUCCGCCAGCGCAGCCCGCCGCAUACAAUGGGGCUGGGCUUGUAGUGGGUGAUGGCUUCCGCGAGGCGCCUAUUCAUCGGCCGUACCCUUCACAGCAGGGAUCUUAUGCGUCACAGCAGAGGCCAUACCCACCCUCACAGAAUGGGUCGUCGGGUUCAUGGGCGCAGCCGCCACCAACCGAACAGGGCGAGGUAAAUAUGGCGGGUCGGGGAACGUUUAGACGUUGAUGACUCGAUACGAGGCGGCGUAGGCUCGUUUUAAUUGUGUUUAAUCUGUAUUGCUUAUAGUUUUAGUCGGUUCGCCGCUGCCGCCGCCGCUCCUCCCACACCCUCCACAUGACGCGGCGCUGCAUUCCUCCCUCAUCAUUGUCACCACUACCACCCCACCACCGCAUAUGUCAUCACCAUCGCCAUCACUGCCCUGAUCGUCAUCGCAUCUCUUCCUAUCUGGUCUAUCUGGUUCACGGUAUACAUGGACGUUGUCGGUUACUCUUACUUAGGCUUUAGAGGUUCACACUUUCAGGGUGAGAAAGGCUCGCGCGCCCAUUGCUUAUCAUACGCUGUCGAGCGUACCUGUCGGAAGGGUUCCGAAUCUCGAUGGACUCGACUCGCUCGACUCACAACUUCGCACUGUCCUACGAUCUUUUUUUUUUAUUGUGGCAACUGGUCCCCGAGGGACCUAGGUGGAACGGAUUGUGGGGCGAUCGUGGUGACCGCGGUGUCGCUCGCCUGCGUUUCGUUUUUGUGUCGUUUUAGCACCAGCACGGACUCGCUUCGUCUAGUCGGUAUACUCACUAUCUGCUGUUAUCUUGUCCUUGUCGUGAAGCGGAUCCUUGAACGUAUGUAGGGUGAGCGCUGGCUGUACGAGUACUUUUGUACCGUGCUGCAUUCUUGCGAGGAUCGUUGGGUCUGUCUGCCACCGGGAUCGCUACGAGCGUGUAAGCCUCCUCUGGUGGAUCGGG